CUCUCUGACGCUGGUUUUCCUCUCAGGCCCACCUUCCGUUACUUCACCUGGUACACGUGCGUGCUGGGCAUCAUCGGCUGCGCCAUCAUGAUGUUCCUCAUCAACGCCAUCUACGCCUCGGCUAGCAUCGCCUUCAUGCUGCUCCUCCUCCUGCUGAUUCACUACCUCAGCCCCACGUCCAGCUGGGGAUACAUCAGCCAGGCUCUCAUUUUCCACCAGGUGCGUAAAUACCUUCUGAUGCUGGACGUGAGGAAAGACCACAUCAAGUUCUGGAGACCUCAGGUCCUCCUGAUGGUGUCCAACCCCCGCAGCAGCGUGGGCCUCAUCACCUUCAUCAACGACAUCAAGAAGAGCGGCCUGUACGUGCUGGGACACGUCCAGCUAGGAGACCUGAGCUCUCUGCCGUCGGACCCCCUCCAGGCUCAGUACGACUCCUGGCUGUCGCUGGUCGACCACCUGAACAUCAAGGCGUUUGUUAACCUGACGCUGGCCGAUUCUGUCCGCCACGGCGUCCAACAUCUCCUCUUCAUCUCCGGACUGGGCGGGAUGCGCCCCAACACCUUGGUCCUGGGUUUCUAUGACGACGGCCUCCCCAAGGAUAAGCUGAUUGAAUCGUCCUUGUUUCCCACCGAGUCGUCGGAUCCCGUGGUUUCCUCCCAGGUCCUGGAUCAGCCGCCUCCGUACCACUUCGCCGCCCUGCGGGGGUCCGGCGAUGCGGGUGAAUUUGGGAACGGGAAGGUUUUAGGCCCCCAGGAGUUCGUCUCCAUCAUUUCAGAUGCCAUGAAGAUGCUGAAGAACGUGGUUCUGGCCCGAUAUUUCAAUGACUUCGACCGAGCGCAGGUCCUCUCGCCGCCGUCCUCGGCAGCCAAGGUGUUUGUCGACGUGUGGCCGGUAAACCUGCUGCGGCCGGACAGCUGCAGCUACGUGGACACCUGCUCCCUCUUCCUGCUGCAGCUGGCGUGCAUCCUGAACAUGGUGAAGGCGUGGCGGAAAGCCACGCUGCGGCUCUUCCUGUGCGUGGAGGAGGGGCGGAGCGUCAGAGGCUCGGAGGCCAAGCUGGGCCAGCUCCUCAAAGACCUGAGGAUCAAAGCUCAGGUGUACCCCGUACCCUGGGACCAGGUGGUGGCGCUGCACUGGCAGAGGCAAGGCGGCUUCAGCAAGAACCAGAGGUCGCAGGCCGCCGACUCCGGCGCCGCCGAGGAGGAGAGCGAAGAUGAUUACGUCAACAGCUUCCCCAGCAACGCCACGCGAGUCUCCGACGACUACCUGACGGCCGUCAAUAGGCUGAUCCUGGAUCAGGCCAUCCCGCCUCCCGCGGUGCGUUUCCUGUACCUGCCCCGCCCCCCCGCAGACACCCGCCGCUACGCCGCCUACCUUCACCAGCUGGAUCUGCUCACUCAGGACUUGGGUCCCGCUCUGCUGAUCCACGGAGUCACGCCUGUUAUCACCACCGACCUGUGAGCGCCGGCGGCUGCGACUGAACGGCGUUAAGGAGCUGCAGUAAUGGCCGCCCUCAUGGAGACGCAGGAUUCCCUCCGGCGCAGCGUCGGCUCUGAUGUCAUUCCU